CCGACAUUAGUUAGUAAUCUUACAACUUCCAUUAAGACAUAGAUAAAUCUAAGUUCUGAUAUAAAAGACAAUCCAACGGACUGGAAGUCCGUGAAGGAACAACGUGACAUGCAUGUCACAGAAUGUGUGUAUUACAGGACAUACAAAUGGAAAGUGGAAAAGGAUCAAUUACUUUGCUUUCUGAAAGUAAGAAUUAAAUAUGAAUAUACCAAACUUACCAUGGAGAAAAAGAUGGAUGCCCAACACCCUUCUGGAACAGGUCAUCUUGAUCUGCACUAAAGUUUGUCAGAUGGUUAUGUAAAUGGAAAAAAUCCAGACUGUGUGGUAGUGAACUUUUACCUUCACUUAGUUGUCUACCUACCUGUGUCGAACAAUGCCAGAAAUUGAGUCAAGCAACAAUCAGGGCGGGGUUGGGCAAUGGAUCAUUCAAUCAGGAGGAAACAGUGAUGUGAUCCUUCCUGCAACGGUACCUAAGGUACAGGUUGAAAUCGAAGAUGCUGAUAAGUGGAUAAUCUCGGUGAUGGAAGACGGUGGCCGUAAGAGCGAAGCCAAUCCGUUCGAACAGAAAAAGUUACAGAAGGUUAUACCAGAACUAAGAAAUAACAAGGAGUUUGAGGGAUUUUAUGAUCCGAAAAUUGUUUCAUUUGGUCCCUAUCACCAUGGGAAGCCCGAGCUACAAGAAGCGGAGAAGUUGAAGGCUGCAGUGGCAUUCGACUUCAUCAACCACAGCGGCAUGGAUCCCCAAGAGUUCUAUAAAAAAAUCGUAGAUUUUGUUGUGAUAAUUAGGGACUGCUACCUUCCGGGCUCCACAGACGCCUACGAUGAUGUGGCAUUUGCGCGUAUGAUGUUCCUCGAUGGGUGUUUCCUAUUGGGUUAUAUCGACAACUAUAUGAAUCGAGGAAUGUCGGUUGUGACUAUGUUGGGUAACACCCUGGGCUUUGGAAGACUGGGUAUGUUUUUCGGGGACUUCAUCUUGUUGGAGAACCAACUUCCAUUCCUAGUUAUCCAGGCCUUAAUGAGCAUACGAUACCCGGACGAUGAAGGAGAAAAGAUGAUUGACAAUUUCCUCCAUUCCAGUUAUGCCCCUCGAAUGGCGAAUAAGAAACAGGAAAGUCAGGAUGAGCAGAGGCAGCCCCUUCACCUCCUCGAACUUGUGCGACAAAAAUAUCUCAGCCAUAGCCACCACAAGGCAAAUGGUGGAAGAAAAAAGGGGAAAAACUCAAGUAGUACUACUAGUAAGGCUUCCGAUCACUCAUUCGGUUCAGCAAUCGAACUAAAAGCAAAAGGAAUACAUUUCAAGUCUAGCGGUAUAUCAUGUUUAACAGACAUCAGCUUCACUUCUUCGUUUGGCUAUGGACAGCUGACGCUUCCUCCUAUUGUAUCUAGCCAUCAAAGCAAGGUGCUCUUCUUGAACAUGAUGGCCCAUGAAUUGGCUCCUAACACAUCAACUGGCUGGGAGGUUUGCAGUUAUAUUUAUUUCAUGAAUUCACUCAUCAGUGGAGCCGACGAUGUAAUUGAGCUGCGAUCACAUAACAUAAUUCAUAACUUCCUAGAUUCUAAUGAGGGAGUUGCAAAAUUCUUCAACACCAUGGCUUCUGCUGCCUUAUUUCCAAACUUUGAUAUCAUUGAAGAUGUUUGUGAUCAAAUUGAAGAGCACUACAAUAGCAAGACGAAAACAUGGGUUGCUCAAGUCCUGCAUGACCAUUUUAGCACUCCCUGGGCUGCUUUGGCAUUUUUGGCCGCACUUCUUGUUAUUUUUCUAACUUCCACCCAAACCUACUUCCAAGUUUUUCCACGUCCUGCGAAUUAA